AGCAAGUUACUAGCCCGUCCCGAGAGUCGGCUCGACACCACCUGGUCGCUCCGAGAGAGGGGCCACAAUGUGUUUACGACCAGUCGACGGCCUCCCCUCGGGCCACCCCAAACCCGGCCCUUUAUGUGCCCCUUGUCUCCACAGGUGUCUUCCCAAUUGUACACACACACACACACACACAUACACACACAUUUUAUUGGCCCCUGUAUUCGAAUGCCUGCUCCACACAUGAUCCUUUCUUGUCUUUUAACACAAAAAAACAUCGACAUGCCUCCACUCGGGAUGCCCAUUUUGCCCAGUUCCCAGGCCUAUCCAGUGAUGUGGUUGCCCCCUCUUUCAACCAAACAACCCAAUUCACGAACUGAAAUGGACCCGGGGCAGAGGAUGGAUCGCGAACGCGGGUGA